UGCGCCUGCCGUUGCAGAGGUAGCGCGGGAAAUCUGACCCGGCAGUGGCGCGCCUGCUGGGGUAGUCCGCCGGGAUGGAGGAGGUGGAGGCUGAGGAGCAGCGGCAGUUCUCUCACCGGCAGAGGCUAAAGGCGGCGGUGCACUACACAGUCGGCUGCCUGUGCCAGGAGGUUGCUCGGGACAAACAGACGCACUUCAGCAAACAGACCAUCGCAGCCAUCUCGGAGGUGACCUUUCGUCAGUGCGAAACUUUUGCUAAAGACCUCGAAAUGUUUGCCAGACAUGCAAAAAGAAGCACAAUUUCUACUGACGACGUGAAGCUCUUAGCCAGGCGGAGUAACUCACUGCUAAAAUACAUCACAGAGAAGAACAAAGAGAUUGCUCAGCUUAACCUAGAGCGAAGGGCCAAGAAGAAAAAGAAGCUGGAGGAUGAAAACAGGAGCUCUCGGGAGCCGGAAGCUGAGGUGCUGGACAGUGAGAGUUAAGCUCCGGCCACCUGGAGGAGGGAGCCUUCAGCAGGGAGAUUUGCACACCGCCAAGGGCAGCCUGAAAGGAUAAGUAGAGACGUUUAAACGAAAAAUAAAAAAUGGCUGGGCACCUUUUUGUGCUGCCUGUUUAAAGUCCCUCUCAGCAGAAGCUUGUAAGAGCUGGGAGUUCCUGCAAAGCCAUCGCACACGUUACUCGGCACAGGGAAGGCUUGUGUUCGGAUGGAGGCACCCUGUGAGCUGCUGACUGAUGGUGUGUGCUAGCAGUCAGGCGUGCUGCAUGUUUUGGGGGUGAGCACAGUCCUUCACUGUUUAUUCUCUAGGCCAAAUGACGGUCUCUGAAAGGUGAGCGAAGCCGUGUUCACUUAGCUCUGGCUACUAAGGUUUCAGGCCCGCAGCCCCUUGAUCACCAGGGAAAGAUGGUGUUUGGAAGUGAAAGUUUCUUAAAGGUGAUUUUCUUCAAA